AUGUUUAUAAUUUCAAUAUUUUUUCUUCUUCAAUUAAAAAGGGAUGUAACACCAGCAAAUAUAUUACAUAAUGAAUUACCUUUACCUCAGUGUCAAUACACAAUCAGAAAGGAUAAUAUAAAUGGAGAAUUGUUAAAAUUCUCUCGUGUUGGUGAUUUAAUUAUGCAUCGAUGGGAUUGUAGAUCGGAAGACGAAAAAUACAAAAAUGUUUAUGGAAUGUUAGUUCAUAAUUGUUUUGUAGAAGAUGGACAGGGUGACAGAGUACAAGUUAUUGAUGAAAGAGGUUGCCAUAAGGAUCCAAAUGUUCUUGGAGAUCCAACAUAUACAAAAGAAUUAAAUAUGGCAUAUAGAGAAUCUUAUGUUUUUAAAUUUCGUGAUAGAAUAGGCGUCAGAUUUUCUUGUGAAAUCAAGCUUUGUGUUAAAGCAGAAAAUGGUUGUGAUGGAAUAACUCCCCCCGAUUGUCAAAACGAUAGAGAAGAGAGUAGCAAUAAUAUACACUUUCAAAAUUCAUUGGAUGACUCUUCAAUAGAAAAUAUUAAAAAUAUAACAAAUAAUUAUAAUAAUCAAAGCUUAAUUACCCCAAGAAAUAGGAUAAGAAAACACCGUUCAGUAAACACUAAAGUAGUAGAUGCCGAUUUAUUUUCUCAAUAUGUUUUUGUUUUGGAUGAACCUGUUGAUGGGGAAGAUGAAAAAGAGGAAAAUAAUUAUUUAAAUAAUAUUAAAUUACAAAAUUAUGUAGAUUCAAAAUCCUCAUUAUGUAUUAGCACAACAUUAUUUACAGCUAUACUAUUAAUUAUUUUAUUUAUUUUUGGAAUUGCAUCAGCAAUUAUUUUUCAUUCAAUUUACAGGCAACACAAAAAAUAUCCAUCAACCACCUCCUUCCCAUUUUCUACUUCCUCUUCUUCUGGUCUGGCCUAUUCAAUUGAAAAAACAUUAUCGUCAAGCUUUAUUUUACCAAAAACAAAAAAUAAUGAAGAAUUUUAUACGAAAAAAGACAAAAAAUGGAAUGAAAUAAUUAAAUAA